AUGCCCUAUCAUGAUCUCAAUGUCCCGUUCGUGGACGACAGCGUCGAGUUGUCACGAACAAUAGCAUUUCUAGCAGAGCUGGACUACGACGUCGUCGCCAUCAACCACACAAUAUCGGGCCCAAUUCCCUUAACAAUUCGCGGCUGCUGCUUCGAGAUUGCGUACGCCGCCGCUACCCAACCCCCUUCCGCCUCCGACGCGCAGAAUACCUCCGCCAGCGACGCCCAUCGCAAUCUCAUCUCCAAUGCCACCGCGUUGCUGCGCGCCCUGCGCUACCGUGGCAUCGUCAUCAGCUCCGGGGCGCGCACCGCCCUGGCCGCGCGCGCACCAGCCGACGUGAUUAAUCUGGCCGCGAGUGUAUGGGGACUCGGCGCCGAGCGGGCCUAUGAAGCGCUGGUGCGGGAGGCAGGGGAGUAUCUGCGGCGGGAGGAGGCGAGGCGGGGGGUGUAUCGAGGGACAAUUGGGGUGGUGGACGGGGGGGAGCGGCCGGUGGUGGUGGAGGAGGAGGAGAGUAGGGAGGGGAAGAAGGGGAAGGGGAAGGGGAGGGGGGGGAAGAAUGAGAAUGGGAAGAGGGAGGUGGAGGCGUUGGGGGAGGGGGGGGAGGCGUUGUCGAAGCGGGAGUUGAAGAGGCGGAGGAAGGUGGAGAUGCAGGUGAAGGCGCAGGCGGACAAGGCGGGGAAGGAAGGGGAGAGUCAGGAAAAGACAUCGAAGAACGGGAAGGAUGGCCUAGAGGAGGCGGCGAGGAAGCCAGAGGAGAUUCAGGGGAAAGCAUCGAAAGACACCGUGAAAAAGUAGAAGAAGCCGGCUGGAAAACCUCAGGACGCCACGGCGAGCGCUUCAUCAAACAUAGAUGCAGUCAUGCAAAACGGUGGCGAUUGAGCUUUGGCUCUCCUGCCUCUAAUGUAAAUCAAAUCAUAGACGUUCAAAAACGAUAGCUCGUGUUCC